AUGUCUGAGCAGUACAAUCAGGACAAAUUGAAUCAAGAUUUCCAAAUUGCAUCAUUAGGUGGAGAUCAGCAAUUUUCGCAACAACAAUCUCAACAGCAGCAACAGCAACAGCAACAGCAAAGUUACUAUAACCCAAACCAAGCACAAGCUUUCGUUCCUUCCGGUGGAUACCAAGCUUAUCAAGCUUACCAAGGAUACCAACAACAACAACCUCAACAAUACGGUGGUUACAAUCAAGGAUAUCAACAAAAUUACAACAACAACAGCAACAACAACAACAGAGGUGGUUCCCAACAAAAUUACAACAACAGAGGUGGUUAUCAGCAAAACUAUAACAGCAGAGGUGGCUACCAAGGAGGCUACCAAGGUGGCUAUCAAGGAGGCUACCAAGGAGGCUAUCAAGGGGGCUACCAAGGUCAAGGUCAACAGCAGCAAUAUGGCGCCUACAACCCUCAAGCACAAACACAAGCUAGUCAGCAGCAACCCACUGGUAUGUCCUUGGCCGAUUUUCAAAAGCAGGCUCAAGAGAAACAAGCUUCUUUGAACAAGCCAGUCAAGAAGACACUAAAGUUGGCUCCAUCUUCGGGUAUAAAGUUGGCCAAUGCUACAAAGAAGGCCGAAACUCCUGCCUCAAAGGAAUCUUCUCCAGCUCCAGCAGAAUCAACAUCUACAAAAGACAAGGAAAUUAAGGCUGAUGCAAAUGCAAAGGAGGAAAUCAAAGCUGAAACCUCGUCAAAGGUUGAAGAGUCAAAGAAGGAAGAAGGAGAAGCCAAAGCUGAAGCUAAAGAGGAACCAAAAGAAGAAAAGACCGAGUCAGCUGCUUCUAAUUCUGCUUCUACUCCUACCCCCGCUGCAGCAGCAAAGAAAGAAAGCACUCCUACUCCUGCUGCUCCUGCUGCUGCUGCCGCCGCCGCCAAGUCUACACCAGUUGCCACUUCAGAUUCUAUUGCUAAAGAGCAAGAAGACGAAGUUGAUGAAGAAGUUGUUAAUGAUAUGUUUGGUGGUAAAGACCACGUUUCCAUCAUUUUCAUGGGUCACGUUGAUGCUGGUAAAUCCACCAUGGGUGGUAACAUCUUAUAUUUGACUGGCUCAGUCGAUAAGCGUACCGUUGAGAAGUACGAAAGGGAAGCUAAGGAUGCUGGUAGACAAGGUUGGUAUCUUUCCUGGGUUAUGGAUACCAACAAGGAGGAGAGAAAUGAUGGUAAGACUAUUGAAGUUGGUAAAGCUUAUUUUGAGACUGACAAGAGAAGAUACACCAUUUUGGAUGCCCCAGGACACAAGAUGUAUGUUUCUGAGAUGAUUGGUGGUGCAUCACAGGCGGAUGUUGGUAUUUUGGUUAUUAGUGCCAGAAAAGGUGAGUAUGAGACUGGGUUUGAAAAAGGUGGUCAGACCAGGGAACACGCAUUGUUGGCAAAGACACAAGGUGUGAACAAGAUUGUUGUUGUUGUCAACAAGAUGGACGAUCCAACUGUCAAUUGGUCGGAGGAGAGGUAUAAUGAAUGUACCACCAAGUUGGGUAUGUAUUUGAAAGGUAUUGGAUACCAAAAAGAGGAUAUCAUUUAUAUGCCUGUUUCCGGUUACACUGGUGCUGGUUUGAAGGAUAGAGUAAGUGCCAAGGAUUGUCCAUGGUAUAAAGGUCCAGCAUUGUUGGAGUUUUUGGACAAUAUGGACACAUUAAACAGAAAGAUCAAUGGUCCAUUUAUGUUGCCCAUCUCCGGUAAGAUGAAGGAUAUGGGUACUGUUGUUGAGGGAAAGAUUGAGUCAGGCCAUAUUAGGAAAGGUGGCAAUUUGUUGUUGAUGCCUAAUAAAGAAUCAGUUGAGGUUUUGACCAUUUAUAAUGAGACAGAGCAAGAAGCCGAUGUUGCUUAUAGUGGAGAGCAAGUGCGUAUGAAGAUCAAGGGUGUUGAGGAAGAGGAUUUGCAAGCUGGGUAUGUGUUGACCUCACCCAAGAAUCCAGUCAAGACUGUUACUAGGUUUGAGGCUCAAAUUGCCAUUGUUGAAUUGAAAUCUAUCUUGUCGAAUGGAUUUACAUGUGUUAUGCACUUGCAUACGGCUAUCGAGGAGGUUAAGUUUGUUGAGUUGAAGCACAAGUUGGAGAAAGGUACAAAUAGAAAGUCCAAAAAGCCACCAGCAUUCGCCAAGAAGGGUAUGAAGAUUAUAGCUGUUUUGGAGACCAAUGAGUCUGUGUGUGCUGAAACAUACAAUGAUUACCAGCAAUUGGGUAGAUUCACAUUGAGAGACCAAGGUACCACCAUUGCUAUUGGUAAGAUCACCAAACUUUUGAAGUAA